AUGGCGAACUCUGGGUUCCAGCUUUUGGGGUACUUUCUCGCCUUGGGUGGAUGGGUUGGCAUCAUCUCCACCACGGUGUUGCCUCAGUGGAAGCAGUCGUCGUACGCGGGAGAUGCCAUCAUUAUGGUUGUGGCGCUGUACGAAGGCCUGUGGAUGUCUUGUGCCACCCAGAGCACGGGACAGGUGCAGUGCAAAAUCUUUGACUCCUUGCUCUCGCUGGAUGUUCACAUCCAGACGUGCCGGGCCCUAAUGAUCCUGUCUGUGCUAAUGGGUUUCAUUGCCAUCAUUGUGAGUGUGGUGGGAAUGAAAUGUACCAAGGUGGGUGAUAACAACCCAAAGACUAAGAACAGGAUCGCUGUGGCUGGCGGACUUCUCUUCCUGCUUGCUGGUCUGUGCACACUGGUGUCUGUAUCCUGGUAUGCUACUCAAGUCUCUUAUCACUUCUUUGAUCCAAACACACCAAAAAAUGCCAGGUAUGAGUUUGGCUCCGCGUUGUUUGUAGGGUGGGCGGCAGCCAUCCUAACCAUGCUGGGAGGGUCCUUCCUCAGCUGCUCCUGCACCAAUGACGAAAGGAGAGGGCAGCAGUACUACCGGCAAUCACAGCCCUCUACAGCAAGGGAACCAAAUGUUAAAAGUUCUCCACCAGAAAAAGGGGAGCAGUACUUGUAG